UGGAAGCCCACAUUUGGGAAAACUCCCCCACAAGAUAGAGGGACGCAUUAAUAAUAAUAUUAAAAAAAAAGAGCGAGAGAGACCUCGGAGUGCAAAUCAAGACAAACUUCUUGGGUCUGGUUGAGCUGCUUUUGGAGCGUAAAGCGGACGAGGAAGACGAGAGCUGGAGCUGCGGGCCCGGGUUCAGUGACAGGAUGCUUUCUGAUGCCCCGCGUUCGGACGAUUCAGCUGAGGGCAGAGGGCAUUUGGAGUCAUACUUGUGAGGCAGUCUGUAAGGAAAUGCGCUGACAGCAGAGCUUUGCAUUUUAAAUCCCUGGGAUAUAGGAGGGCGAGAAGGAGGCUGCAGUGACGAUACAGAAAAGGCUGUGUUUGCAUAGAUCGUAUCGGGUCCUGGCAUUGGUUGCAGGAUUAGAGAGCCAGCCAAAGCAGGUGACAGGUGACAAACCCGUGUCAGCACCUCAUGAAAAAGGACUACAACAUUGGAUUAACUCAACUUCUAUCACAAACAAAAGGCUGUCAGUGUGGAGUAGUGCUGGAGGCAGCGAGGUGACUGCGAGCUGUGGGAAGUUCCUGAGAGCGCGCAGAGGCAGAGUGGCAGCCGCUCACGGAGGAAACCACUUGCGCGCAGAGAGAGAGGGGUUGACUCUCUUCCACGAAAGGAUAUAGAAACUCACACCUCUGCCUUGUUGCCGCGGGGUGCGACUCGUUGUGGCAGCGCCUCGGGGAUUGGAAGGAAGUUGGUGCCGGCAGGAUGGUGGUGGCGGCAGCGGCGGCGGUGUGCCUGCCCCAGGAGUGGGCCUGGCAGGCUGUCCUCCUGGUGACUGGACUAGCAUCUCUGACCUGCGGGUCUGACGCCAACAUGUUGGACACCAUGCUACUGAAGAACGGGUGGAAGGGAGGAUCGGAGCGAAGGACAGAGGAGAGAAGCAGCACAGCCACGGUUUUAGCUCAGAACAUGCUCUGGUGCCACUGCUACCACCACUGCCCCGAAGACUCCGUCAACAACACUUGCAUGACUGACGGAUACUGCUUCACCAUGGUGGAGGAGGAAGAGGGGGGUCUUGCUGUGCUCACUGCAGGUUGUUUGGGCCUGGCCGGGUCAGAGUUCCAAUGCAGGGACACGUGGAAUGCGCGCUCGAGGAGAGCUCUCGAGUGCUGCACCGACCAGGACUACUGCAACAGAGACUUGCAUCCCACUCUCCCUCCACUCAUGACUUCAGAUUAUGUGGACCGCAGUAUCCAGUACAUGGCUCUCUUCAUUUCAGUCACAGUCUGCAGCAUCAUUCUCGGCAUCAUCCUUGUCUUCUGCUACUUCAGAUAUAAACGGCAGGAGUCACGGCCGCGCUACAGUAUCGACCUGGAGCAGGAUGAGGCCUGCAUUCCCCCUGGGGAGUCUCUGAGGGACUUGAUAGAGCAUUCUCACAGCAUCGGGUCUGGCUCUGGGUCAGGACUCCCUCUAAUGGUGCAGCGCACCAUCGCCAAGCAGAUUCAGAUGGUGAAGCAGAUCGGAAAAGGCCGAUACGGAGAAGUCUGGAUGGGCAAAUGGAGGGGGGAAAGAGUGGCCGUGAAAGUCUUCUUCACCACCGAGGAAGAGAGCUGGUUCAGGGAGACUGAGAUCUAUCAGACCUUCCUGAUGAGACAUGACAAUAUAUUGGGUUUCAUAGCGGCCGACAUUAAAGGUACCGGCUCGUGGACUCAGCUCUACCUAAUUACGGACUACCACGAGAACGGAUCCUUAUACGACUACCUCAAGUCCAACACCUUAGACGUCAAGGCUCUGCUGAAGCUGGCCUACUCCUCCAUAUCGGGCCUAUGUCACCUGCACACCGAGAUCUACGGCACGCAGGGCAAGCCGGCGAUCGCGCACCGAGACCUGAAGAGCAAAAACAUCCUCGUGAAAAAGAACGGGUCCAGCUGUAUCGCAGAUCUGGGGCUGGCCGUCAAGUUCAACAGUAACACAAACGAAGUAGACAUCCCGUCCAACCUACGAGUCGGAACGAAGCGCUACAUGCCGCCUGAAGUGCUGGACGAGACCCUGAAGAGGUGCAAGGAGUCGUUCAUAUUGGCUGACAUGUACAGCUUCGGCCUCAUCGUUUGGGAGAUGACCCGACGUUGCAUCUCUGGAGGCAUUGUGGAAGAGUAUCAGCUGCCCUAUCAUGAUCUGGUGCCCACUGAUCCUUCCUAUGAGGACAUGAGAGAAGUUGUCUGUAUUAAGAAACAAAGGCCUUCAUUUGCCAAUCGCUGGAGCAGUGAUGAGUGUCUACGACAAAUGGGAAAGUUGAUGUCGGAGUGCUGGGCCCACAACCCCACCUGCCGCCUCACCGCCCUGAGGGUGAAGAAGACGCUUGUGAAGAUGUUAGAGUCUCAAGACAUCAAGCUGUGACAAAGAGUCGCUAGAGACUCGCUCAUCACCCAGAGACUUGUCAUCGCCACUGGCGCGGGCUCCUUACACUGGCCAAUAGAAGAAAGGGGAGGGGGGGGCAAAAAAGAAAUAGAGACCUACUGACAGAACAAAGGAAAACCGACAGCGAGGAUGAGUGAUGCAGACGGCGGUCGCAGCGGAGCCGGAGAAAUGAGAAGAUUUAUUAUAUGAGGGAGGGUGGGGUGGGAGGGGGGCGCCCUCCCAUUGUCUGAGACGCCUCCGCCUCAGACAAAGUGCUCAGGACGUGCUUUCCGUGAAAGCUGAGUGGUUCUGGUCCAGGCCGCGCAGGAGAGGACUGAAAUCCCUCUGAUCAGUCGUGAACAGAGGAAGCCCCUGCUCUGCUCUUCUAAAGCCAUGCAGCAGUAUUAUACGGGCAGUCUUUUGCACUGCUACGGCUGCCUUUGUGUGUUUGUGUGUGUUUUCUUGUCAAGCGUCAACUCAAAGAAAUGUGGAGUUCAUUGCUCAGUGAUCUCAUUGUCAAAGACAUUACUAUUAUAUUAUUAUUAUUAUUAUUAUUAUUAUUAUUAUUGAGCUGUUCGAGACUAUAUUAAUAAAACUAUUUCCUGCUGAAUCAGGAUUGUUCUAUAUAGUAUCUAUCGCUAUAUUUUCAGUAAUAAAUUGGUUAAAACUGUUAACCAAUGCUCCCUCACCGUCUCCUCCUUCCAGUCACAGUUCAUUUGUAUAAAGUUGAGCUGAAAUCUAAUAACUGAGUCCAUGCUGGGUGUUAACCCACUCCACCAGUAUGCCUUAUUUAAUCACAGUAUAUGAACUGGAUUACAUUCCCUGAUUUAAAAUAAAUAAAUAAAUAAAUACUGUCAAACACCACCGUAAGAUCGGUGCUACACAAUCAAACACAAUCGCGCCCCGUUGUCAAUGUUGCAUAUAAAUAUAAUUUAUUAUUAGUCUUAAAAAUUCUUUCUUACACUUUGUACAUGAACUUGACAGAUGAAAUGCAAGCCGUUGCGAGGGACAUCAUCAUGAGUGCCAGAAACAGACGGGCCACAUUCUCACUAUACACAGUAAUAAUUGUGAAGCUGAAGAACAACUAGGGAAUGCGAAGGGGUAGCCCACUAAGAAUGUGAAGAUUGUUUCAAAAGGAUGCAAAGUUUGCAUAGACGACUUUACAAAAAACUGGGACGACGGCCAUUGAAUAAAAUACAAAAACAAACGAAGAAGAACCAAGAACACUUGAACUGCCACAAGUGCUGUUGUUUCUAAAGAACGCUGCAUUGACAGCUAUCGCAUUUUUUUUUCUUUUUUUUAUGCACAGAAUUGGUGUAAGUGGAAUAUUAAUGGCUUCUGUCGUUAAUGUAUAAACAUCAAAGUCUGAGUUAAAACUCCUUUAUCGUCCAAAAGCACAGCUGAAUGUUGAUCUGUUAAUCCGGAGCAUGUGAAAUGACACAUAACUGAGAUGAGACAAUAUUUAGAUGACCGCUUGUGUAUUAAAUUGAAUCUCAAACAUUGUAUGUCAAUUAUUUGGUAAAAAGCAAUUGUUUUCAGUUGCAUUGGUCCUACAAAAAUAUACUUGUUUCAUUCCCUUUUCCAUA